AUGUCCUCACCUCCUCCGGGCGUUUGGCUCGAUGCCUUCAACUUCACUGGCGGGUACCCGCAAAAGAUCGACUUGGGACCGAGUAUCUUCUUCGCCGUCAUCCAAACGGUCGCGGACAUGGCUGCUGCUCCGCCCGUCGCUGUUCGUCGGCGUGCGCAUCUCACUCAAGCGGGCGAGAACGCCCUCGGUUCGGUCAGCUUUGCGCUCCUCCUCUUCCCUCUGCUCGACCUCUGGCGGCGACAUGUCCUGACGACGCUUCCGGCGCCGAACCAUCCGAAGUGGAUCUAUCCCUUUGUCGCUGUCGGAUACUUGUCCAUUCUUACUUCGAUUAUCCUCAGUAUCGCCGUCGCGGCCAAGAUUAACCCGCGCGCGUACAAGGACUACAUGACGCGCGCCCUCUGGAGGGCCAUGUACGUCACCGCCCUGGGCACGGUGGGCACAAACCUGAUCGCACUGAUCGUGACGCACUUUGCCUUCAAGCUGCGCACGCGCGAGACGAUCUACUUGCUCAUUGCGAUGGUGCUCUCGAUGCUCGUGUGCUGUUACCGUGUCGUGCAAAUCUUCACCCCCGACCCAGCGGCGCCCAUUCGCUCCCGCGGAGCAUACUACGGGAUCGAGGGCGUCGCCGACUUCCUCGUCCUCGUCAUGCUCAUCGCGAUCAACCUUCGCGAAUGGUAUCCCGGCGAACGCAUUCGUACCCCUCGCACCAAGCCUGGCACCAUUGCGCAGGGUCACGCACUCGCUGAGAAGUUCCGCAAGCCCAAGGUUCAUGAGGUUGACAAGUUCGUUUAG